AUGCAGCUGGUUCAUGACCAUGAAGUUGCAGGGGUUGGGGCCUUCCUAUAUAAGGCAGCACAGCAUGCGGCAGAUACCCUUGGUCUCGAUUUUCGCACUGAUCGGGAGGAGGAGCAUGAGCCUAAUCAGCUCAGGGCUAGAAUAAAGACUGCUGAGUCCAGACUCCUGUUGCAGCAACAUAAGGACAAGUCCUUGCAUGGUGUUUUCUACAGGCAUGUUGAGGAGCAAGGCUUGUCCAAGUCACUGACUUUUGCUUUUCUGAAGUCAGCAGCCCUGAAAUCUGAGACUGAGGGUUUCAUACUGGCAUGUCAAGAUGGUGUCAUCAACACAUUGUCAUACCGCAGCAGAGUAAUGCACAUGGAUGUUCCUGAUAUCAGUUGCAGGGUGUGUCAUAGAGCACCAGAGACGAUCAUGCACAUCCUGUCUUCUUGUUCUGUGCAUGCAACUGCAGGCUACAUCCAUCGACUUAAUGCUGCUCUGCGAGUUCUCUAUUACCAUCUUAGACACUCAUAUGGUAUCGACAAAACACCAGUGCUGCCUUAUGCCCCAGGGGAGAUUGAAUCUGUUGUGGGGAAUGAGAGGUGCCGAAUUUAUUGGAAUUACUCAUUCUCUACCACCAGGCUUUUAAGAGCCACAAAGCCUGAUGUUGUCCUCCUUGACAUCACUUCGAAGACAAUGUAUGUCAUUGAGUUUUCAGCACCAGCUGAGGGUAACAUUGUCACCAAAGAGGAGGAAAAACAGACGAAAUAUCAUGACCUUCUAAUGGAGCUGCGCAGGCUAAACCCAGGCUACUCUGUGAGAAUGGUGGUGUUGAUUGUAGGUGUACUGGGAGGCAAGAGACCUUCAUUUUUGGCCAACCUUAGAAUGAUUCCAGCCUGUGAGAGACCUGCUGCUGUGCUUGCAGGUCGGAUGCAGAAGGCUGUCAUUCUUGGAUCAUUACGUCUACUCAGAGCAAACGAUUUAAUGGUAACGGACCCAGUAUGA